AUCUAUCCAAUUCAAUUUCUUCCUUCCUUUUUUCCCCUUUUCCCUUUCUCUAGGGUUUUUUUUCUUCUUCUUAUCUUUCAAAAUUUCAAUUCACCAUCGUCAUUAUCAUAAAUAAUACACUACUUCUGUUGCUAUAUCCGAUUUCCAAUUUCACAGAAUCUUUCAUUUCAUUUGAUUUUUAGUUGCAACGACGUCGUUUCAAGAUGAUGCCCCCUGGCCUCGUUUCCAAUCUCCAAGAAGCGCUUCUCAAUAGAAAAGGAGCCACACCACCACAGCAACAAGAAUCAAACGACACCGUUUCUUCCACCGACGAGUCUAUUGAAUUCGAUGAAUCCAAACCAAUUGUGUUGGUUACAAAUAGCGAUGGAAUCGAUUCACCAGGUCUAACACACCUCGUUGAAGCUCUCGUUCUUCAAAGCCUCUACAAUGUCCACGUUUGCGUUCCUCAAUCGGAUAAAACUGUUUCUGGUCACUCUGUUACCCUGAGAGAAACUGUGGAAGCUUCUUCUGCUAAACUUAAUGGUGCCACUGCCUUUGAGAUUUCAGGGACUCCUGUGGAUUGUGUUUCACUGGCUUUAUCUGGAGCAUUGUUUUCAUGGUCAAAGCCUGCGUUGGUGAUUAGUGGGAUUAAUCGGGGAUCAAGCUGUGGUCAUCAUAUGUUCUACUCGGGGGUUGUUGCCGGAGCAAGGGAGGCAUUAUUAUGUGGCGUACCGUCGCUAUCAAUAUCUUUAAACUGGAAGAAGGAUGAGAGUAAAGAAACUGAUUUCAAGGAUGCAGUAGAAGUCUGUUUACCGUUGAUAAAUGCGGCUAUCAGUGAUGUUGAAAAGGGAACUUUUCCCAAAAACUGCUUUCUGAAUAUAGAAAUUCCAAUGUCACCUUUGAGCAACAAGGGCUUAAAAUUGACCAAACAAAGUAUGUGGAGAUCCACUCCAAACUGGCUAGCUGUUUCAAAUAGCCGCUAUCCAACUGGUCAUUUCUUGGCCAACCCACAAGGCGGCCUAGGUCUUCAGUUUGCACAACUUGGCAGAGACGCCUCUGCAGCUGGUGCUGCUCGUCGGUUGGCUACACAGAAAAAGAAUUUGGAGAUUAUUGAAUCAACUGGAGCUGCAGGAAAACCUGAUACCAACAGAGUGAAGAAAUACUUCAGACUAGAGUUUUUGGAGAAGCAGCGUGAGGAAAUAGAUGACGAUGAUCUGGAUUACAGAGCACUUGAAAGUGGAUAUGUUGCAGUGACUCCGGUAUCUCUUUCUCCCCAUAUUGAGACCGAUAUUCAAACGUCAACUUCUGAUUGGAUUUCUGCUGUGAUUCCUGGUGGACAGUAAAUUAAAAGUUCAGUGUGAUUGUGUUAUGUGUACAUCAGAGAUUUAUGAUAAUUCUUUCUUUUCAUUUUUCUUCCUUAAAGCAAAAGAUGGAGCACAGAAGUGGUAGUCACUCACACCAAUUCAUUAGUUGAUUUCAAUUUGUACUCUUUAUUUUUACAUUUUUUUUGUUUCCUUCUUCAUUGUUUCACUUUGGCCACUUAGUAAUUUCUGAUUUGAAGCAAAAGCUUCUUGUAAUUUUGUUGGGCAUAUUUUAGAAAAUGCCAUUUGGUCUGUUUGUAAUAUCUAUUGCUAGCAAAACACUUGAACAGCUUGUAAUGUUCUGUUCAUUUCUUCCAGAUAGUUAAACUUUGGGUUGAUGGUUUCUUGAAA